GCUGACGGUGAAGGUAGCCCUUUCAGCUCUGCACUGAAACCUCUUCUCGCUGUGGUCACAUAUCCGGCCCCCCCCCCAAACUGAAAAAUGGCAAAUGCACAAGUUCCUGUUGCUACGGUCGGUCCACUGGGAGACAGCCCGGUUCAGAUCGCCUGUCCUAACUGCCAUCAGAUAGUCCUCUCCAAGGUGGACUACUCUGCUGGUUUGCUCACUUACAUUUUCUGUGGAGGGCUCUUCUUCUGUGGCUUUGUUUUAGGCUGCUGCCUCAUCCCAUUCUGUGUGGACCGCCUGAAGGAUGCCAAGCACACCUGUCCCAUCUGCAAGACUGUACUUGGGGUGUAUAAACGCUUAUAACUCAAAGACCUGCAUCAAUUUAUACAUGGCUUUUUGCAAACAAAACACACUUACAAAAGGUGACACUAAUGAACAUUUCCUUAUAAUUGAAUAACUGAUAAUCUCGUGACUAA